UGAAGAAAUUAUAACCUAUAUGAUCUGUGACAGUGACUGUCGGUAAAUUUCUCGCUCGUUGUACGAAGUUGGUUGGAGGUCAGCUGUGCGGCAUUAAGUUGUCGAACGUCGAAGUUGUCGUCGUUGGUGCUGUCAACCGUCAGCGGCGUCAGCGGCGAAGCGACCGAUAGACAGCAAGCCAUUUGAUAAGCGAUAAAGCCGACAGUCAUCGGUUGACUGAGUAACGCAUAAACACGUCGGUAGAGUGUAAGUGAAGUCGCAAACUCGUGAACAUGGCCGAUUCCAUGGAACCACCCCCUUUGUUCGAAAACAUCGACAUCAAGCAUCAUGAUGACGACGAUGACGACCUGUUUGCGUCGGCGGUGCAGUCUCUACCUCCAGUAAAAAAUGAAGUGCACCUGGAAAAUGACAAUCAUCAAGACCUGCUGAAUGGUGACUCUGAUCUACAUGAAGAUAUGGGAAAAGUUCACUUGAAUGAUAGAGCUGAGAUGGAAACAGUGCCAAUUAAUGUUCAUUCAGUCACAACUCCAACUCUGGAAGAGGUGGAGGCAGAGGGUGGUGACCAAUUCAUUGAAAUCACCAUCACUGAGCCACAGAAGGUAGGCGACGGCAUGGGCGCUUACAUGGCAUAUCGCAUUUCGACCAAGACCAACAUGACGUUCUUCAAACGACGCGAGUUUGCUGUGAUGAGGCGCUUCAGCGAUUUUCUAGGCUUGCAUGACAAACUGACUGAGAAGUAUUUGAAAGUCGGCAGGAUUAUUCCGCCUGCGCCUGAGAAGAGCGUUAUUGGUAAUGCUAAGAUGAAGAUGGGUCAGGCUGAACAGGCGACCAAUGGGAACGAGUUUAUCGAACGUCGCCGCUCUUCAUUAGAGCGCUAUCUGCGUAGGACAUGUCAGCAUCCGGUAUUGCUGGUAGAUCCUGAUUUUAGGGAGUUUUUGGAAUCGGACGCAGAGUUGCCGAAGGCGACAAGUACAUCUGCGUUAAGCGGAGCGGGUGUUAUGCGUUUCAUCAACAAAGUUGGUGAAACUGUUAAUAAAAUUACUUAUAAAAUGGAUGAAACCGACCCGUGGUUCGAAGAUAAGCUUGCGCAUGUAGAAGCUUUAGAAAUGCAACUUAAGAAAUUACAUACUAAUGUUGAGGCGAUGGUGUCAUAUCGUCGUGAAUUGGCCAAUUUGACAAAUGGUGUUGCACGUUCGGCUGCACUUUUGAGCGCGUGUGAAGAUCACAAUUCUCUAUCAAGAGCGCUCUCGCAACUUGCGGAUACAGAGGAGAAGGUGGAAGCUUUACAUAUAGAGCAAGCCAACACCGACUUUUUCAUUCUUUGCGAAAUGCUUAAAGAUUAUUUAGGUUUAUUGGGCGCUGUGCGUGAUGCAUUUCACGAACGCACCAAGCUCUUCCAGCUCUGGCAGCAUUCGCAGCAGAUGCUGACGCGAAAACGCGAAGCCAAAACUAAACUAGAACUGCAAGGACGUAGUGACAAGUUGGACCAAGCAGGCGUGGAAGUUAUUGAAUGGGAAGCGAAGGUUGAACGCGGACAGGAAGCAUUUGACCGUAUCUCGAAAAUGAUUAAAUCUGAGAUGGAACGCUUUGAAAAGUGUCGCAUUCAGGACUUUAAAGCGACAUUCAUUAAGUAUUUAGAGAAUCAUAUGGAACACCAAGCUCAGUUGGUGAAAUACUGGGAUGCAUUUUUACCCGAAGCCAAAGCAAUUGCCUGACUAGACGAGUUAGAAAACGAAUAGCAGGGUCGACAUUCCAACUUCAAGUUCCCGCUGUUUUCGAACUGAAGCUACCAGUUAAAAAGUAUAUAAUUUAAUACAUAAAAAAUCAAAUAUGGAGACAAGGUAUUGUAUAAACUUGCAGUAAGACAGACAUUGUCAACAUACAACAAAAAAAUACAAAUGUGUAAAGAAUGUGCAAUCACCGACAAUAUUUUCCGUCGCUAAAUGUUUGCUCUAGGAGACGAUGAAAUGAGAACUUGAAUGCGCUGCCGCCCGGCAUAAAAUUCUCUAUCUAGUUGUUAAGUAUGUAUAAUUAAUUGAAUUGAUUACUAUUACUAUAUUAUUAUUAUUAUUAUUACGUGGCUCAAUCCAUUCUUACAGAGUUUAUUGUAUUUUUUUACUCGUGUUCUUUUAUGUAUCUCUCGCGCUUGCAUCCUAGCGCGUCUUGUGUUUGUCUGUUACUUUUUGUCGAGUAGAGUUUUCCAGCACACAUGAACGAAAAAUGUGAUACGCAUUCAUUAUCUUGUUAAUUUUUAUAAAUUAGUAAUUCGAGUCAGAGCGCCACUUUGGUUGCAUGUCAUGGACAGAUAAGAAUCAAGAAAUCAUCCCAACAAACGUGUAUAUAUCAUGCUUUUGUUUAUACAAUCGAAGAUUAUAUGUGAGCAUAUAUCAUUGUAUUGAAUUUCAAAGACAAGGAUUAUAUGAUAUAUCUCUAUCUAACUAUGAAAUAAGAAUAGCUUCUAGGUGCAUGCAUUGCAAAUAUGUCUCUAUAGAUAUGUACUGUGCUUCUCUUGAAACUAUUAAAAAUCGUAUUUAUACAAUGAA